CCCCGGGAAGCCUCGGAGAGGCGUGGUCUAGCGGAGGCGCCUGAGAGGAAGGCCCGCGGGUUCCUCGCCGUGUCCGAUGUCCCCGGAAAGCUGCUGGCCGCUCCCGAGUUGGGCCAGGCCCCGGCAGGCCCUGCUCGCAGGGCUGGCUGCUGUUUUCUGCAUUGAAGCAGCCCUGGGGCAAAAAUUAUCCCCUGAGAUGAUGGAAAACUAUGUGGCAUCGAUGGUGCUGAGUGCAGUUGGUGACACGCUGGGCUAUUACAACGGGCAUUGGGAGUUCCUGCAGAGUGGCCCAGCCAUCCACAAGGAGCUGGCAGAGAUGGGGGGACUUGGCAACUUCAGCAUCAAGGGUUGGAAAGUCAGUGAUGAUACAGUGAUGCAUUUGGCCACGGCUGAAGCCCUCGUAGCUGCCGGGAAAAAACCAAGUUUAGCACAUCUCUAUUCCCUGAUUGCAAAGAAAUACAAGGAGUCCAUGAACGACAUGACGGGUAGAGCUCCAGGUGCCAUGUGUAUGGCAAAUGCCCUGAAGCUGGAUCCGGAGCGGGCAGGUGGCUGGAGGGUCCCAUUCAACCCCCGUGCGGGAGGCUGCGGGGCCGCCAUGCGCUCCAUGUGCAUCGGGUUGCGUUUCCCUCACCCCUCUGAGCUGGACACCCUGGUGCAAGUCAGCAUUGAGAGCGGCCGAAUGACCCACCACCACCCCACUGGGUACCUGGGGGCCCUGGCUUCAGCCCUCUUCACCGCUCUUGCAGUGAACGGCGUGCCCCCCCUGGCCUGGGGGAAGGAGCUGCUGGAAGUGCUGCCACGGGCGAAAGCCUACGUGAGGGACGCCGGCUUCUUUGUGGAGGAGAACAUGGAGCAAUGGCAUUAUUUUGAAGAGAAAUGGAAAAAAUACCUGGCAGAGAGAGGCAUAUCAGAUGGGGUCUCGCCACCCACCUUCCCUCCCAAGUACGGUGUGGAAGAGAGAGACUUGUUCUACACCUCCCUCAGCUACGACGGCUGGGGGGGCAGCAGUGGGCACGACGCCCCCAUGAUCGCUUACGACGCGCUGCUGGGUGCAGGGGACUCCUGGGUGGAGCUGGCUCACCGGGCUUUCUUCCACGGGGGAGACAGCGACUCCACAGCUGCCAUUGCUGCCUGCUGGUGGGGGGCCAUGCACGGCUUCCAGGGGGUCAACACCUCCCUCUACACCCACCUGGAGUACAGGGACCGCCUGGAGCACGUGGCGAAAGCACUGUACCACAUCACCUAGCGCAGGGGGCGGCAGGGCCCCCCAGGGGUGCGCUUACCUUUGCUUGCUUAACGUUUUGCAAACCCAUUGGAUUAAAGCACUCAAGCAUCAGACAG